GAAGACUUCAGUGCAGUCGUGGGUAUUUUCAGCAGCGUGGGUAUAUUUGAUUAAACACCACGAGAACCCCGUUCUUGGCUGUAGACGGGGGGAGUUUGGGGGACACCAGUUAUAAACAGCAUCACUGGAAUGAAGUCUGAGGCAUCAUUGGGUUCUCCUCACACUUUGACAGACACCGGAGCUACACCUUCUGGGGAUGUGGAAAGAAGCGUGAGGAUCAGACGGGACUUCGUGGAUUUGGAAAUCUGUACCAGAGAAAAACUGGCACAUGUGCGAGAGUGUAAAACAGGUUCCAGUGGAAUUCCUGUGAAACUGGUUACAAAUCUCUUUGGUUUAGAUUUGCCCCAGGACUGGCAGCUAUACCAGUACCAUGUGACAUACACUCCAGAGUUAGCGUCUAGAAGGCUGAGAAUUGCUCUGCUUUAUGGUCAUCGUGAGCUUUCCAGGAAAGCGAAAGCAUUUGAUGGCACUAUUCUUUUUCUCUCACAAAGGCUACAAGAAAAGGUCACAGAAUUAACAAGUGAAACUCAAAGAGGCGAGACUGUAAAGAUGACUAUCACUCUGACCAGGAAGCUGCCGCCAAGCUCCCCUGUGAGCAUUCAGGUCUUCAAUAUCAUCUUCAAAAAGAUCUUAAAAAAGUUGUCUAUGUACCAAAUUGGACGGAACUUCUAUAAGCCUUCUGAGCCACUGGAAAUUCCCCAGCACAAACUGACCCUCUGGCCUGGGUUUGCCGUGUCUGUGUCAUACUUUGAGAGCAGGCUCCUGUUUAGUGCUGAUGUGAGUUUUAAAGUCCUCCGGAAUGAGACUGUUCUGGAAUUCAUGUCCGACCUCUGUCACAAAGCUGGGGCAGCUGGCUUCACCCAGAUGUGUGAGAAACAGCUGAUUGGGCUCAUUGUCCUCACAAGAUACAAUAACAAAACAUAUCGUGUUGAUGACAUUGACUGGUCAGUGAAGGCCACACACACCUUUCAGAAGCGGGACGGCACUGAGAUCACCUAUGUGGAUUACUACAAGGAGCAAUAUGAUAUUACUUUAUCUGACCUAAAUCAGCCGAUGCUUGUUAGCCUGCUGAAAAGCAAGAGAAAUGACAGUGCCGAGGCUCGGGUUGUCCACCUGCUCCCGGAGCUCUGCUUUCUGACAGGCCUGAGUGACCAGGCAACCUCUGACUUCCACCUGAUGAAGGCUGUGGCCGAUGAGACGCGCCUUAAUCCUCUGAGCCGACAGCAGCGCCUGGCCAGACUCGCAGACGACAUACAGAGAAACAAAGAUGCACGUUUUGAGCUCGAGACCUGGGGGCUGCAUUUUGGGGGGCAGGUGUCCCUGACUGGCCGAGUUGUACCUUCAGAAAAAAUACUACUGCAAGACAACAUAUGUCAACCCAUGUCUGCUGCCGACUGGUCCAAGGACAUGCGGACCUGUAAGCUUCUGAGUGCACAGUCUUUGGAGAGGUGGCUGCUGUUGUGUGGCAGCAGGGCAGAGCACCUGGUCGAGAGCUUCCUGGGCUGCUUGAGAAGAGUCGGAGGUUCCAUGGGAUUCAGUGUGGGCUACCCCAAAAUCAUAAAACUACAAGAAAAUCCAGCUGCAUUCCUGAGAGCGAUACAACAACACAUGGGUCCCGAUAUUCAGCUGGUAAUGUGCAUCCUGCCUUCAAAUCAGAAGAACUUCUAUGAUUCCAUUAAAAAAUAUUUGAACACAGACUGUCCUGUCCCAAGCCAAUGUGUGCUUGUUCGGACCUUGAAUAAGCAAGGCAUGAUGAUGAGUAUCGCCACCAAGAUUGCCCUGCAAAUGACCUGUAAACUCGGAGGAGAGCUGUGGGCCGUGGAGAUACCUUUGAAGUCCUUGAUGGUGGUCGGUAUCGAUGUCUGUAAAGACGCAUUCAGCAAGAACAUGGCAGUGGUUGGAUUUGUGGCCAGUGUUAAUCCUCAGAUUACCAGGUGGUUUUCGCGCUGCAUCCUUCAGAGAACAACAACCGAUAUUGCAGAUUGCUUAAAAGUUUUCAUGACUGGCGCUCUCAACAAGUGGUACAAGUGCAACCACAGCUUGCCAGCACGGGUAAUUGUGUACCGUGAUGGGGUAGGAGAUGGCCAGCUCAAAGCCGUUAGUGGCUAUGAAGUUCCACAGCUGCUGAGUACGCUCACAGAAUCCAACUCAAACGCCAGAUGCUGCAGGCUGUCGGUGAUCGUGGUCAGGAAGAGGUGCAUGCCACGCUUCUUCACAGAAAUGAACCGGACUCUGCAGAACCCCCCGCUGGGCACUGUUGUGGACUCAGAAGCAACACAUCCUGAAUGGUAUGACUUUUACUUGAUCAGCCAGACUGCCUGGCGAGGAACUGUUAAUCCCACCUACUACAAUGUCAUCUAUGAUGACAACGGCUUGAAACCUGACCACAUGCAGAGACUGACAUUCAAAAUGUGCCACCUCUACUACAAUUGGCAGGGCGUAAUCAGCAUCCCAGCUCCUUGCCAGUAUGCACACAAACUUACCUUCCUGGUGGCACAAAGCAUUCAUAAAGAGCCCAAUUUGGAAUUAGCCAGUUCUCUCUUCUACCUGUGAUGAUGUGAGCCAUGGGCAUCAUUUGAUGGAGAAUCCGAGGGGUGGAUCUGUGUGCUUUGUAUGAAUCUGCUGUAAACCUGGGGCUGUACGUGGGCAGAGGCAGUGAGUUGUCCAAAAAGCUUAACUUGAAGCGGAGCAUGAGAAAUGGAUGUUACUUUAGUGUAUGUGCUGCCAAAGUGAGCAGAAACAUACGUUAAGUAGUUGCAUGGUUGAAGUAAAUUCUUGUUUUUGGUAGAUGGGAUUAAACUUUACCACCACCUGUAAAGCAUUGCAUAAUGUUGAGUAUCUUUUAGGAAAAUGAAUGCCCACUGUUUAGAUAGAAGA